CAAGAACUUCCCACGAAAUGGCGUCCAGAGAUCCCGCUUCAGACCAACUUGUAAACUUCAAGAAAAGCUUGAAGGAUUCACCCGGCUACAUCACAACCAAAUAUGGAGCGCCCGUGGGAGUCAAGACUGCAAUCCAGACAGUUGGCAAGGACGGACCUUUGCUACUUCAAGACUCGGAAUUCCUUGACGAAAUUUCCUCCUUUGACAGGGAACGUAUCCCUGAGAGAGUAGUACACGCUAAGGGAGCCGGUGCUUUUGGUUACUUUGAAGUGACCCACGAUAUCACUAAAUACUCUGCAGCCAAGAUCUUCGAAUCCAUUGGCAAGCAGACCCCAUUGGCUGUGAGAUUCUCCACUGUCGGAGGUGAGAGUGGCUCAGCUGACACCGUCCGUGACCCUCGUGGAUUCGCAGUUAAGUUCUACACAGACGAUGGAAUCUGGGAUCUCGUUGGAAACAACACCCCUAUUUUCUUCAUCAGGGACGCAUCACUCUUUGCCAGCUUCAUCCACACACAAAAGAGAAACCCGGCGACUCACUUAAAGGACGCUGACAUGUUCUGGGACUUCAUGACUCUGAGACCGGAGACCAUGCACCAACUCAUCUACACCUACGGUGACCGUGGUAUUCCCGACGGCUACAGACACAUGAAUGGAUACGGUUCUCACACAUUCAAACUCGUUAACGCACAAGGAGUGUCCCACUGGGUCAAAUUCCACUACAAAACUAACCAGGGCAUCAAGAAUUUGCCCGUUGAGAAGGCCAACGAGCUCGCCGCUUCCGACCCCGACUACUCCAUCAGAGAUCUAUACAACGCCAUUGCCAAAGGUGACUUCCCAAGCUGGACCUUCUACAUCCAGGUUAUGACAAUGGCACAGGCGGAGACUGCGAAAUUCAAUCCAUUCGACAUGACUAAAGUCUGGCCCCACUCCGAAUAUCCUCUAAUCCCAGUAGGUAAGAUCGUCUUAAAUAAGAAUCCCACCAACUACUUCGCGGAAGUCGAACAAAUCGCGUUCAGUCCCUCGAACAUGCCCCCCGGCAUCGAGGCUUCCCCCGACAAGAUGUUGCAGGGCCGUCUGUUCGCGUACAGCGACACGCACCGCCACCGCCUCGGCGCCAACUACCUGCAGAUCCCCGUCAACUGCCCCUUCCGCGUGACCGUCGCCAAUUACCAGCGCGACGGCCCGCAGACCAUCAACCACCAGAACGGAUGCCCGAACUACUUCCCCAACUCGUUCUCUGGACCCCAAGAGUGCCCCAGGGCACAGCGCAUGCAGCCUAGAUGGAACGUAUCUGGUGACGUGGGCAGGUACGACAACGGCCAGACGGAGGACAACUUCUCCCAGGCCACCAUUCUCUACCAGAAGGUGUUCAGCGAUGCUGAGAAGGAGCGCCUAGUGCAGAACCUCGUAGGCCACCUGAAGGACGCGGCCGGUUUCAUCCAGGAGCGUGGCAUCAAGCUGUUCGCUCAGAUCCACCCCGACCUCGGCAGCAAGGUCGCCGCUGGACUCGCCCCCUACAAGAAGUACCACGCUAACUUGUAAUUUUAGUAAACUUAAGAGCUGACUCGGGUGCUAUUAUGUACGCCGUAUUGCCUUAAACCUUAAAGGGAAAGUUAUGGUCGUAACUUGUACACGUUAAUAAGACUGCGGGGUGUUCUAUUACGUUUAUUAUAUCAAUUACACACUCUAUCAAUUAUUAUUAUUAUUUACAAUGU